CGCCAUAUUGCGGAUUCGCAUUCCCUGGUAAAGUAAUCAAAACAAACAAAGCAGGAUGAGCGAUGUGGGGGAUUUGCGGCUGAGCCAGCAGCAGCUGCUGGCCGAGAUCGCCGCCCUGCUUCAGACUACCGUGGAACCAAGUGAUGCCAACGCACUGAUGCUGAAUCAGGAGAUGCAGAGACGGCUCCUGCAAGUCCGUGCACAAAUCCUGGCCGUUCUGCAAACAGUGCGGGCCCGCUUCGCCCGAAACGAGGAGAUCCUGGUGCGCCGCCUAAGGCCACGCUCCCAGUUCGGACAGGACUCCAUCAACCGGAGCGGGGCCAUCCUGCGGAAGGGUACGUUCCGCUUUAAAGGCAACCUAUUCUUUCGAGACAUCGAUGGACGGAGCUGCCCCAACAACGAAGACUACGAGGCGCGUUGUCACACGGAAAUGUUUCCCACCGACUUCGACAUGCACUCUCGCCACGUAUGGACAUUGCUGGACAAGAAGAACGUGAUCAUGGGUAUCAAACAACAGUUACUUGACCAUAUUGCUUUGAGGAACAGCACAACGCCCAGCGGCAGCCGGAAACGAAAACCAAUCGAGCGGCACCUAAAGACUCUGGUCAGUCUGCUGGCCACGGCAGACGAGAGCUUCACAGUCGAUUGGAACCAAAUUAGCACCCUGGAUGUGGAGUAUCGUCACUCUCCGUAUAGCUGUGAGACGAUGUGGCGGGUCUACCUGCACCCUGACCUCAAGCGCGACGACUGGUCGACGGAGGAGGACGAGAUCCUGAUGACGGCGGCCUCUGCGAACCGGAUGCAAAACUGGGAGCUAAUAGCCAAGUCAUUAGACCGGCGAUCCGACUACCAGUGCUUCAUUCGUUUCCACACCGCCCUUCGUCAUCUGCUUGAUCCAAAGCCCACCUCCCGCUGGAGCGAAGAGGACAACGUCAAACUCCGGGAGUUGGCUGAGAAAAAUACGGCAAAUGGUGUAAUUAAUUGGAAGAAGGUUGUGGAGUACUUUCCAGGCAGGUCCAAGUCGACGUUGAUUGGGCGUUACUACUACGUGCUGCACCCCAGCAUCAGUCACGAAGCCUUCAGUACGAAAGAGGAUAUGAUGCUGUUCGCCGCCGUAGAGGAGUACAAUGGCAAGUUUCACUGCUUUCCACGUACCCUCUUCCCAAAUCGAUCGCUGACGCAGUUGCGUACUCGAUACCAUAAUGUCUUGGCUCAGCGCAACAAGACCGACUCCUGGUCGGUUCAGGACGACGCCCAGUUGAUGAGCUUUGUCACCCAGCAUGGGGCCUCCCAGUGGCUAAACUGCGCUACAUUUCUAGGCAAUCACUCUCGGACCAGCUGUCGAACCCGAUUUCUGGUCAUAAAAAAAUUCCUCGAAAAGAACCCGAAUGCAAAAGUAGAAGAUUUGCCUCGACGACGAUCGAAGAAGAUGUCCGUAAUUACUUCCGAAAACUGGGCACAGCGUUUGCAGGAAUGGCAAGAGGACCCGGAAUCAUUGGCUAUAGCUGAGCAGAUAAAAGGCUCAUGGAAGGGAAGGCCCCCUUCUAAAAAGGCUAAAAUCGAUUCAAAGGCAGAAAAUUCUUCCAAGUUGUCGAAAGUCGAUAUAGAGUUGUGCGAGUUCUUUAUGUACGCUUACAAUCUGCCGCUGACACUUCCCACAAUUUUUCCACUUCCAAAGGAUGCUUACAAUCUCGCCUAUGUGGUCAGGGCCCUAUCAUAUAAGCCACCGAUCCAAAGCUCGCUCCUGCAGAACAUCCCCAUGCCAACUGAACUGCUCAAGUGUUACAAUAUAAUGAUAAGAAAACUGCCAGACGAGAAGUGUGAUUUAAAGAGUCCACUUUUGCCGCCUAACUGGUCCACGAUGAUGGGGUUUCGGGCAAUGUGCAUUCUGUCCGGAGAUUGCCGCAAGCAGGGUCCGGCUGCCCACGUAUCCGACUAUAAUGAAUCUGCAUCACCCAUUCAGCUUUUCCGACAGCGGCUGCGGGCUCUCUUCUACCGCACCACUCUUCUCAGUCGCUUGGAAUCGCAUCUCUUUUCGGAACUGCCUGCUGCCUUGGUGGCGCUGCCACGACCCACGCCAGAUUUCAUAAAAAUGGGUACGAAUAUUAUCUUGACCGAUACCGAUACCGAACCGGAACCAAAGAAAAAUCUCAAAUUGGAGCCUCUUAGCGAGGACGAGAUAAUAAGUACUGUAAAACAGGAGAUGGAGUUGGAGUACAUAGUUCCAUAAGAAUGUUUUAUAAAUAAGCUUUAUAAGUUUUUAUUUUUAAGUUAUAUCGCGUUGUUAAAUAAUUAACUACAAUAGCUAACAGAUAAUUUAUAAACUUGUAGGUACUUUCAUUGUGUUUCACAUAUAUCGAGUUCAAAUGCCGGACCGUUUGAGUAACCUAGCGAUUUGCCUCAGGG